AUGACACCGCGGCCUGGAUUUGUGCCCAAGCGACGACCACUCUCGGCCAUCUUCCUCGGCGACCCCUCCACCUCCUCAUCCGGCUCGCCCUCUUCCCUCCCCGAUCUCCCGGAACCGCCCAGCCCGGGUGCAGAGUCGAUCGAUUCAAACGCCUCGGGCCUCCCUUCCCCGCCCGCGACGAACUCGACGGGCAGCGGAGGCGACGAGGGCAGCGGGAGCGUCAGACGGAGGAGCGUGUCGGACAAAAGCGCCGAUUUUUCCAUGGCCAGCAACAGGAGGAGGAGCAGGGGAUCCAGUCCGGGCGACGACGAAGAGGGAGAGGACACGGCCAGGUUCAGCCACGCGCGGAGACAGUCGAGCCAGACGACGACGGACAACGCCGCCGCUUUGCAGCGCGUCAUGAGUCUCACCCAGAGGAAUCGGAUGGCCAUGGAAAAGCUCUCCCGAUUAAACUCGCCUUCGCCCGCCGGCCGUUCAGCACGUUCACCGCUACCGCCGUUGACCGGCCCGCCAUCCUCCGCCGCAUCCUCUUCCUCGUCCUCCUCACGUGCAUCCCACACGCACGCCCACUCGUUUCCCUCCUCCAGCCCGGGCCUAUCCGGCUCAGAAACCGAACGGGAGAAAUACACCUACUCGUCCGAUGAACUCUCCAACACGCCGCCCGCCAGCAUAUCUCGCUCAAGCAACGAUCCGCGAGAACGCGUUUUAUCCCUUCCGACUUCGCCUCCGCGCACCCGCCGCGCCGGCAGCCGAACAUCAUCUCCUGGCCCAUCCAUCGCGUCAUCGACGCAGAGAACGCCGAGGAAAAGAGUGUCGCUUAUGUCCGCGCCGGACUCGGACGUGGCGACCGCCGCGUUGGCCGCUGUGGCUUCUAUGCGGAGAAGCCCGACUCUGAGCGCAGGGAGGAGAAGCAGGCAGCCGUUGCCCAGGGAGUUCUUUGACGGUCCGGACGGCAGGGCCUCGAAAGAACCCUCAACACCUUCGAAAGCGACGAUGCGCUCGCUUGCUAGUUCACCUUCACCACGCAAGAACUCUACCGCCCUCCGCGACUCCCUUCAACUCUCGCCGCACAAGCUCCCCCAACGCACAUCCUCAAUGACGGCUCGAGAAGCGGUGGCCAAGGGACACUCAAACCGAUGGCAGUCUGAGGAUCUCAACGCGCCGAUGUACGACGACGAGCUCACCACCACUGGACGGCGACAGGCUGUCAGAGGUGGGAGCGGGAGCAUGGAGAAUACGCUCGGCACCAGGCUCGUGGGCGAUAGUCUACGUGCCGCGGGGAUCGGCAUGCGCAGGGAAGGCGCCGCCGACGAUCUUUUCUCUAGCACAUCUUCAAAUUCUCACGAGACAUCACCGGACAAUGUACGCGAGCGACCGCCGAAUGGGCGCUCAUCGUCGGUGCUGUUCGAUCCGCGUACACCUGCGCACCGCGAAUUCGCCCAUGCGCGCCCGGCUACGUCCAUGGCCGAGUUCGGCUACGCUUCCAACGCAAUACCACAAACGGCUCCUCCGGCUGCACGCUCGCAUACAUCCCAGUUCAUCGAGCGCAACCGUGAAGGCAUUGGUAUUCAGACCGCACCGCGCACCGCAUCGAGAGCUUCGGCUUCGGAUAUGCCGCCUCCACCUCUCCGCGCGCCGAACUUUACCGAACGGACGUACGGCUCGCCUAGGCCUAGGAUGAGAGAGACGACGCCGACACAGUCAAGACCGACGAGUGCCGUUGACGAGCAGAGUCAGGAGCAUCUGCGACUUGCGUCCGAAGCGCUCAGUCUAUUCGAUACGCAGCUAUCACGCCUGGGAGAUUCGGGACAGAUCGCCAGUACGGUUGUGCCGGACGUGUUCAGAGAUGCUCAGGCGCUCGUCAGGUUCGCCGAGCAGUUGAACGGCAUGCUGCGUACGGGCACCAAUAGGGCGCUCGAGAGGCAGAUUGAGGAGGAGGUCGAAGACGGAGCGGGCGCGAAUGAGGUGGAUAUGGUCGUCCUAUGGCAGGAUGUCGGAGCGGAUUUCAGGGACUGCCUCAGGAGCUCGGACGAGCUAGUCAGGACCAUGUCCAACUUCUUACUCGGCGCGGGCAAAUUGUUGAAGGAGUUGAAGAAUCAGCGGGACGAGGGCGUUAGUGGGCACGCAAGGGGUUACAGCCUCGAUUCGGGUGUUAUCCCGCCCGCGCAGGACGCGCGAAGUUCGGGCGCGGGCUCGAGCCAGAAGUCCAACUCGAGGAACGGGAGUGGGUCUGGUGUGCUCGAUGGACGGCGCAGUGCGGACUCGAGGAGAAGUUUGGACGCUGCGAGGGCGGAGAGGGAGCGGGAUCGAGAGCAGCGCGCGAGUCUGGACGGGCUCAGAUCGGCGUCGAGGACGGAGGUCAGGCGCUCGUUGCAGCUCCGCGAGAGUACGAGCACGAGCAGCAAGAGCCCCGAGCCGCUUCAGCCGCAGCGCCCUUCAACGCUUCAGCCUUCGUCGUCUAUGCGCCGCAUCAUCACACCUCGGGAGACGGAGAACCGCACGCGCGCUGCGGUACUGGCUUCGCCCGAGUACGAGGACGUCGACCCAUCGCCCACGCCUGCAGCGCGCAUACAAAAUCAGCCCCCGGAGCGCCUACGCGGGCUCGCGCCGCUCUCAAUUCCCAAACCCCUCGAGCAGCUACCCUCUGAGAUCGAGUCCGGCGCGCGCUCGGCGAUCCGACGCGUUUCGUCUGCCAUCGCUAGCACGAACAGGCGCAAGACCUCCACGACGUCCAACAUGACCGUCCGUCCUCAACCCGCAUUCGCGGUCCCACCCACACCAGGCGCAACCACCGCCCUUACACCCGCCACUGCCAAUUCACGACACAACAGCGAGAAAAUGACGUUCCCGUCUACUUCAGGCGGCGCGGGCGUGAGUCGUCAUGCAUCGGAUAGCAACGCUAGGACGGGAACGUGGAGGAAUGUCACGUUCAGUAGAGCGACGGCUGCGAGCGCUAAUCGGGAACGCGAGAGGAAGAGGACGAUCUCCGCGACGAGUGGCACAUCUCCAGCUGAGGUUACUGAUGCGCACGCGUAUGCUGCCACACCCGUCUACACCGGCCGCGCCGCUGCUCUGAGGAACGGUGCUGCCUUGGACAGAGAGCGCGGGUCGGCUAGUGAUAGCGAGCGUGUUAGGCCCGCUACGCUUAGCCGGCGCGCGACGGGCGUUGGGCUCGGUGGAGUAAGGGCGAGUUUGGACGAGGAGCGGGCGCCGAGUCGGACGCUUGGGAGGAGUGAGAGGAGGAGGACGUUGACGGAGGUGUUUGCGCCGCAUUGA